GUUAAUUUCAAAUACGGGCGCGUUGUUCGGCAUAUCCGGAGUUUACAUAAAUACAAAUGGAGGCCAGCAAAGAAUCACCGAGUGCCUUUAAAACACCUUGCAAGCCUGCUAAAGUGAAAAGUCCAGUCAAUGCUUGUGGGACCCCAGUCACCAUUCCUGCCUCUCCCUUCAUGAAGAAGCUCGGCUGUGGGACUGGAGUCAAUGUUUACCUCAUGAACAGGAUGGGGAAACAGACUCAUUCUCCAUGGGCUAUAAAGAAGAUCAACAGCAAGUGUGCUCAAGGUCAAGUGAGUGUUUAUCAGAAGCGUCUCUGUGAGGAGGCCAAGAUCUUGAAGGACCUCAAGCACCCCAAUAUUGUUGGCUUCAGAGCUUUUACCACUGCGAAGGAUGGCUCGAAGUGUCUAGCGAUGGAGUUUGGCGGAGAACAGUCUCUCAAUGACCUGAUUGAGAAGAGGAGAGAGGAGGGUCUGCAGGCCUUUCCAGUGGACACUAUUGAAAAAGUGGCUCUUCAUGUCGCUCGCGGUUUACUGUACUUGCACAAUGAGAAAAAGCUUCUGCAUGGAGACAUGAAAUCAUGCAAUGUUGUCAUCAAGGGCGAUUUUGAGAGCAUCAAAAUCUGUGAUGUUGGUGUUUCACUGCCACUGGAUGAAAACAUGCAAGUGAGUGAUCCAAAGGCUCAUUACAUUGGGACGGAGCCGUGGAAGCCCAAAGAAGCUUUGGAGGAUGGAGUAAUCACAGAUAAAGCUGAUAUCUUUGCCUAUGGACUCACACUGUGGGAAAUGAUGACGCUUUCUGUUCCUCACCUGGAGAUGCUGGACACUGAGGGUGAUGAAGAUGAUGAUGACGAGUCAUUUGAGGAGGAUUUUGAUGAAGAUGCAUAUUAUGAGCGGCUGGGGUCUCGACCGGCUCUGGACGCAGUGACUCUGGGAGGCUCUUAUCAGAGGAUGGUGGAGCUCUUCUGUCUCUGCACAGAGGAGGACCCUCAGAAAAGACCCUCAGCAGCUCACAUUGUGCAGGUGCUGGAGUCAAACAGCCAGCUUUCCAAGCAAAACACUGAGGUAAUUGUAAUCGAUUAAAUGCUCAGUUGCAUUCCUGUCAACGACGAAUGCUGAAAAUUCUGUUUCUCCGAGUCUGAGUUGUGUGUUUGAGGAAAAGAACAUCAUUUUUGUUUUAUUUCAUGCUGUGAACUGAUGACAUUUAGAGGAUCUUUUUACAAAAAAUAAUUGAAAAGGUGCCAUGUUUUCAUACUCUAAUGGCCAUUUUUAACUUCAGAAUGGUUAAAAAAGCAAUAUAUGCUGGAAUAACCCUGAUUUUCAUUCAAAUCAAGUCAUAAUAAUUGUUAUUCGGACUGUUUUUUUUUUUUUUGUGGGGGGGGGGGGGGGUGGAAGGAAAAACACCUGGAAGAAAUGUUAUCAGAUCUUUUAUUGAAUAAAACAAAUAUUAACAUUUUCCUGAACCCUACUUUUACUAAGAAAUUGAGAGAAACUCAGAAUUUGAUUUAUUUUUGGUUCCCUUGCUGUAUGUUUACCUCUAGGGAUUUUACUGUUUGAGAUCUUUGUCACGUUGUAAAUAUGUUUCUGUUUAAAAUGAGUCAUGUUGCAUAAGGUCUUAUGUACUCUGCUGAUUUCAGACAUGCUCUCGAUCAUACUGUAACUGCAGUCAAAUUUGAAAUAAACUGUCUGUGAACUUCA